UCGACAUCUCUGUUUCACCGUCUAAGUUCUAACGAGAAAUUUCGAAUCCAUUUCUGAAGAGUUAAGUAUUCUCAGUACAAUUCCAUCAUGGACAUCGUUUCCGGAGUAUUCGGCAUCCUACCUCCCAUUUUUACUCUUCUCAAGAAAGCCGUGACGAGCUUCAGCAAAAUGGAGGAGUUACUACAGGAUGGCAGUGAUCUGGAGAGGCUUGUUACUGGGUUGAAAGAGCAAUUCGAUGGGCUCCAGGGGGGUUCAUUUCGCGAGGAUAUUCCAGGACCGGAAAAAGAGUUGUACGUCUUGCUCGAGGAGAAAUGUAACCAGCUAUACCACGAGAUGAGACAAAUCAAAGAGGAAUUCCAGCAUGGCAAUAAGUUUCUGCGCUAUCUCUCUCCUGCAUUCCAGCGUGCGUCUAGGCGAAUCAGUAAAUUGCAGACGGAGCUUGAAUCCGAUCUCACGGUGAUCGGUCAUUUGGAUGGAACAGCGCGGUUCAUCGCCGACAAGUGGAAGGCAAGUGUCGCAAUUGCGGCUGGUAUGGACAUGGGGAAUGGGAAUGCCAGGACUCCUGCGGGAAAUGCUGGUGACUUGAAACAUGAACACCUUUGGGUCAUGCUGACUUCAGAUCUUCUAGGCAUCAAGAAAGGUCAUACCGUGACUGACUGCGAUAACGAAGUACACUGCUUCAAUUGUAAAAACCAGGCCAUUUGGGUGGUGGCUGUCCACGAAACAGACGCCAUGGCUCUUAUUUCGAACAACGGUACUAGUAUAAUCUGACCGUGUUGCCUUUGGAGGCCUCAGUCGGUGAUUCUCGAAUAGACUGAGAAGGCAAAAUAUUUCGAGCCAAAGAUUUUCAGUCUAAUCAUGCUUGCGUUAUUUACAGAAUGUUUUAUGCUGUCAUUUGUUGAUUUUGAGUUUAUGAAUGCUGGAGGAAUGUUGGGGAGACUGUAGCACGUGGAGGUUG